UACAUACCUAAUUUUUCGUACUUAAUCGAUUUUAAUCUCAUGAGCCCGAAUGGCAACCAUGAGGUUGAAACAAAAUCAUAUUUUACUUCAAUUUUUCGAAUAGGUAAUUUUAUGGCCAAUUGAAAUUUUUAACUGCUUGUUUUAUUGAACACCUUUCAGCUGUCCUUUCGUAGACCCAAUAUGAAAGGCAUUCUUCGCCUAUUUGUGGUUCUUAUUGCAUUGAAAGUGAUAAUCGCCCAAGAUGAUGAAACCCAAGAAGAUGACGAACAGAAUAAUGACGAAAACACACCCGAAGAUGAACGUAAUGCGUAUCCAGAUGAAGACCCAAACAAUGCCGAUCAAAUGAAUCACCCUCCGCAAAACAAUCAUCAACCUCCAUUCCAGUAUAAUCCACCACCGCAAUACGGUUAUCCACCUCAAAACAAUUAUCCUCCACAGUAUCCGAAUGAUUACCAGGUCCAACCGAACUAUCCUCCACCACCUCAAAAUGGCUAUCCACCUCAGGGCAAUAAUUAUCCUCCACCUCCUCCGAACGACUAUCCGCCUCAAGACAAUAAUCCUCCCCCUCCUCAAAAUGGCUAUCCACCUCAGGGCAAUAAUUAUCCUCCACCUCCUCCGAACGACUAUCAGCCUCAAGACAAUCCUCCCCCUCCUCAAAAUGGCUAUCCACCUCAGGGCAAUAAUUAUCCUCCACCUCCUCCGAACGAGUAUCCACCUCAAGACAAUAAUCCUCCCCCUCCUCCUCAGAAUGGCUAUCCACCUCAGGGCAAUAACUAUCCUCCACCUCCUCCGAACGACUAUCCACCUCAAGACAAUAAUCCUCCCCCUCCUCAGAAUGGUUACCCGCCCCAAAACAAUGAUCAGCCACCACCUCCGAACAAUUAUCCACCGCAAAAUAACUACUAUGCCCAGAACAACCAGCCUCCGCCUUAUCAAAACAACUAUCCACCACCCCCUCAAAAUCAUUAUCCGCCACCCCCUCAAAACAACUAUCCACCACAUCCUCAGAACAAUUAUCCACCACCUCCUCAAAAUAACUAUCCUGCACCACCACCAGCAAAUGGGGAAAUCCGAUGUGAUUGUGGUGAAAUAGCUAAGAAAACUGUUGUGAGAAAAGACACACCAAACAAAGGUCGUACAAUGUAUGUUUGUCCAAGACGACGAGAUGAUCCAGAAAGGUGUAAUUUCUUCUCAUGGGGAGAUCAAGCUGCUGGUGGAGGCGGUGGUAGAUUUAGUGGUGGCUCAAACCGUAAUUAUAAACCCAAAAACAAAAAUUAUGGGAAGUCAAAUUAUGGUAGAUCCAAUGCAGAUAGUCCUCCUCAAGGACCAGCCAAUAAUGGCGACAGCCCUGUAUGUGGGUGUGGUGCUCCGGCUAAAAAAUUUGUGGUGAAAAAAGACACUCCGAACAAAGGUCGCGAAUUUUAUUGCUGUCCUAGACAGCGGAAUGACCCAGACCGGUGCAACUUCUUCGAAUGGGCUUGAAAAGCGAAGGAAAUUUUGCUCAUUAGAUUGUCCAACUGUAUUUUAUUUGGUUAUCCUGAACGUGUCUAUUGGCAAAUUUUGGUGAUGAAGAAAGGAAGAUUGUGUUGUUUACUGGAUAAGACAUUCUACAGUUCAUUGUCCCGAGGAUAUUUUCCCCUAGUGUAUUUUAUAUUUUGUAGAUUAAUUUGAGAACAAAAUGUUUUGUAAAAAUGUAUGCAUUUGUGAGGAGUAAUGACGUGAAUGUGUUCAUUUGUGUAGUACCUACUCGUAUUAUGUGGGUAUACCUAUUGAUUUGCUUGAGUGGAUUCAUGUGUUUUCACUAUAAUUAUGUAGAUAGGUAGUUGAUGUGCGAGCGUCUUUUUGUAUUGAUCUUUAAAUUCAUAUUUUGCAUAAAUGAUUGUACAUAGUGAAUUUUUAAAUUUUAUUAUAAAAUAUUUUAACAAUUGAA